GGCGGGGUGGACCGGCGGCGGACGUCCCCGGGCGGGCGGCGGAGGAGGCAGCGCCAUGGCCCCGCGCGGGCGCUGCCGGUGGGCGCUGCUGCUGGCCUGGCUGCCGGCCGGUUGCCUCUCCCUGCUGGUGACAGUGCAGGAUGUUGAACGUUAUACCACCUUAUUUGCCAGUGUUGUCCUCAGGUGUGACUACAGCACCUCAGCACAGCUGCAGGACGUGGUGGUGACCUGGCGCUUCAAAUCCUUCUGCAAGGACCCCAUCUUUGACUACUACUCAGUCUCGUAUCAGGCUGCUCUAGCUCUUGGCCAGGACCCGUCUGAUGACUGCAAUGACAGCCAGCGAAAGGUGCGCAUUGUCAUCCAGAAAUAUGGGCAGAAGGAGCCUGUGUUGGGUAUCGACUAUCAGCAACGAAAGAUCACCAUUCAGAACCGGGCAGACCUUGUCAUCAGUGAGGUCAUGUGGUGGGAUCAUGGCGUGUACUACUGCACUGUGGAGGCACCAGGAGAUACCUCAGGCGAUGCAGACAAAGAAGUUAAGCUGAUUGUUCUCCACUGGCUCACAGUACUCCUCAUCAUUCUUGGUGGCCUCCUUCUCCUUCUGCUGAUUGGAGUAUGCUGGUGCCAGUGCUGCCCACAGUAUUGCUGCUGCCACAUCCCAUGUGUCUGCUGCCCAACCCGGUGCUGCUGUAAUGAGGAAGUACUGAAACGGCAUCAGUUCAUGAAGCAGGCUCAGGCACUUGCACCUUGGAUGUCACCCAACAUGUUCUACGGAGGUGGCGACAGGAACUCGCAACUUUCCUCUUACCAGCUGAACCCUCUACUGCAACAAGAUGUGUCUCUGCAGAACAGCCUUCCACUGGUGCAGCCACAAGCUCAGCUUUUCCCUAACAAGGGUGUUCUGGACUAUCUGGAGUCUGAAAUCCAAAACCUUAAUACGUCACAGCUCCGGCCACCCUCCCACCAGCGGCAGGCUGUACAGCCCAGCUUGCUGUCCUCCCUGGGCUCUGAGAUCAUGCCACCUCCUCUCGCUGAUCACGUCUCCUCCAUCCAUGGGAGCAGCAACUCCUCACGGCCACAGAGAGCUGCCCGCAACCCCAGACCCUGGGAUGCUGCAGCAGAGGACAGGAGGGAAAACCGGAGAUUGCCCUUGCCUUCCAGUGAGGAUUCUCAUUCCAGCUACAGUCAGGAGCCCUGGGACAGGCGGCGAGAGGACCAUCCUCAGAGGCAGAGGACAGGCGGCUACAAUGGCAGGCCCCAGCACUCCAGACGGGAUGUGUCACCCCCACGCCAGGCUGAGAGGGGCAAGAGCAGCAGCAGCAGCUGCAGUUUCUAUCUGGAGGAGGCCAAGGAGCGCUCCAACCACCAUCGUGGCUGGAGACCAGAGCCCACAGGGAGGCCAGAGUACCAGCACCAUACCAGGAGGAGCAAUAACUCAGGUCAGCGGCGGCACAGCUACUCUCCCCCUUCUCGACGGGGAUCAUGGAGCUCCUCAGAAGAGCAAGUCCGUCUCCCACCAACAAACCGCAGGCGGCGACACCGGUCUCGGGAAUGGCCAGAAGAUAAACCCCCCAGUUAUCGCUCAUUAGAAGUCAUCCCAGGUCAGGAGAAGAAGCACAAAGGCAGCGCAGGGCCACGCUCGGAAAGAGGAAGUUCACACAGUGGAAGAAGCAUAGUCAUUUAGUGCCAGUACUGAAAGAACUAAGAUUCCCACCGGACUCCUCUUAGCUUUUCUCCUAUGUAUGUUGGGAUGGCUGCUUUUGAUUGAACUGACAACCAGCAAAAAAACCAGAUGAAGCUGCUUCCCCUUAGACUUGUAACUCUGAAGAAUCUAUGUCUAGUGGCCAUGAAAGCAAUACAUAAUCCCUUUUUAUUCUUGUGGUCCAUUGAAGACAUUCUGUUGGAAAUAGCAGAUUUUUUUUUUAGUAAAUGCUGUAUUCCCAGUCUUUAAAGAGAAAUGCCAGUUGUCUUUGUUAGUUGCCCCAGCACUGCAAGGAGCCCAGUCUGUAGAAUGCUGGUCCUUUGCACACCAGUUACUGGAGAAUGGCUCUGAUGAUCACAGAGUUGUAAAGUCACAGGACAGUAGAACAAUCUAUGUUGUUGGGGGCCUCUGGAGGUCAUCUGAUCCAGUCCACUGUGAGUUUGGGAUAGGGAGGGAGGCACAGCAUCUCCUUUUUAAGACCCUCUGUUGUGCUUCACAAUGUGAAAUGUUUGCUGCUUCUGCUUGGCUGCUCAGCAUAGUUUGGGCAGUUGCUUCCUUUUGUCCUCAGUAAGCCUCUCUCCCAAACAGAAGGAGCACAACGCUGGAAGGAUGUUUGGCUGCCUUAGUAAGAGCUCACUAGCACGUCUGCAAAUUGCCAGCUUAUCUACCCUAUCCUGACUGAAGCAACCUGCCCUACUUUAAGCUUAGACCUUAGUGCCUUCUAGCCUUUAACCCAGACUUGAAUUUAUUCGUAAACUUAAAGGAAUAAAUUUACCAAGGUUUGGCCAUUCCUACAGAGACUGCACAAGAUAUGACCACUGUCCCUCACACCAUGGACCAGAAUUUCUUUCAACUCUAGGAAGCAUGACUUUGGUGGAUAUAUCUUUCCUAAGCCAUGUACUCUUUUCCAUGCAGUUUAUAUUCUCGCUUUUCUCUCUGUGCCAUGUAUCAUAUACAUGGGGCGGGAUAAAGGGCUGUGAAGAAGUCUUACAGUCACCAUUUUCACUGUUGUCCUUGAUCUUUACCUGGACAUUUAUACCAGCUCUGCAUAUGUGGUGCAUCUGAUCUGUAGCUAAAUUGCAGGGUUUUCUCAUCUCUUACCUUGCAACUAGAACACAGAAUUUCUGUACAUUCUAAGACAAGUUGCAAAGGAGAACAACUUGCCAUUUCUCCUUGAUGUGAUUGAUCCACUGUUUUCAUUUAAAAUGUGCUGGAAAAAGAGAGGUUCUCUGGGUGCUGGCUGCUUCCACAGGAAACUGACUUGACAAAGGCACUUCUUGGAUUCAAGAAACUUAAGCUUUUGGAGGACCUUGUGAAGUAUUUUGUAACCCAGAGGCACUAGAGAUUGGCCAGUAUCAAUGACUGUAUUGCCUUAUUUCCCAACCAAUGCCCUAUGGGACACUACUAUUUGUUCUUUAAUGUCCCAAUUACUGAUGUGCUUACGCUUUCCCUUGGAAGACUGACUUGGAGAGACUUUCACUCUGCCCACUUCUUUUUUUUUCUUUUCUUUGGACAAUGAUGGGAAACAUCACACUUAAAGCAAGUACUCCUAUCUGGAUAUCCAGUACAGUCGCUGGUCAACCAAAGGCUACUGCAGAGUGCUCAUUUUCCUACGGUUUCCUGGCUGACAGUGCUUAUUUCUAAUUCCUGUGUAUGGAGAUAAAGCAGGAGGACCCACUAGCUUCUCUGGUUCACUUUGUUUCUGAACGACAGGCCUACUUUUUGAAGACGAAGAGGCUGUUCACCAGCAGUUGAUGGCUAGCACAAAACAGAGCUAAAAGACCAACUCCAAAGUUUGAAUUCAAGAGAGGAAGGCUGUGUUAAGUGUAGUCCUUGUCUGCAUUAGACCCAAACUGAAUAAUGUGAACUGACCCAUGAGUUACAUCUGAAAUCUAGGGAAUUAAGUGUGUUUGCAGAAGUUGCAAAGCCAGUAUCACUCUUGAAUCUGGUUCUCAGUCACUGGUUGUGAAUCUUUUUUAUUCUUAUUUAAUGACAUGCUGAGGGUUUUAUGCAUCCCCUGUUCUAUGAUGGGCUAGUAUUUUUUUUAGUUAAGAGGAGUUUAUGGUGACUGCAAUGACAGAAAAUAAUAUGGGGCUCCUUCAUCCAAAACUAGCACGCAGUUUUGACUUUAGCAUUGCCCUCUGGCGACUAGUAGCAGAUACCCAGGGCUCUGCCGAUUCUCCCCUUGGAAGCUGAAUUAGUAGCUUGGAAUUUGACUCUCUCCUUAUUCUUCCAAUAGGUCCACACAUCAGGACAGAUUCUUCUCCCUGUCAUGUCAACCCAGCCCAAAUGUCCAGGUUUCAGGGAAGGGCUGCCCCUUUCUCCAUCAAGAGUAGAGGCUAUUGAGACAUCAGUUGAGAUCCCAAGAUGGGAAAGAGUUCACUUUCCUUCACAUUCAAGUGUCUACAAGCCAACAAUAUCAAUCAAGUUUGCUCAAAAGCAAGAACCCCCUCACAUAGCAAGAAAACCUAGAUGGCUUUGUGUAACAGUAGCAGCUGUUGAAGCUUGCUGCUGUAGUAUGAGCACACUAACUGCAGAGGUUGUGCUUUUUUAUCUAAAUCCUGUGAAGGAGCCCUCCAUCUUUAUUUGUUCCUGCAGUCCCCAUAAUUGAGCUAGGGUGACUAAUUGUCGCUUGUGUGAAUUUCUGCAAUUUGUGCUGUGUGAAGUCUGAAGAGUUUUAUCUUUAUCAUACUUGAGCUCCUCUUCAGUCACUUUGUUCAUAUUUAUAGAAACAUUAAACAAAACUCUUCAGGGAAAAUUGAUUGUAUCUCAGUCUUAAUUUUGUAGCUUCUUAAAUUGUGACAGAAGUAGAUUAAGUUAUCCAGCAGGGAAGCAGAAAUGGUACCAGGUUUACUGGUCCACAGACCACUGCGGUUCAUAAAACACCAGUUGGUGGGUUGUGAAAUAAUGACAAAGGAAAUCUAUAUCUGCAUGCUUUACAACUGCAAGCAGACAGAAAAGUCAGAAGGAAAUAGGCUCUGCUUUGAAUGCUUAUUUCUGUUUUUAAUUGGCUAUAAAUGAAAGCUGUUGUGACAGCACUGCACAAUACUAUGUGGAUUCUUUUUUUCCCAGUAAGAUUACGGGGUCUUUGACUUUUCAAAAGAGAGAGAGAAUUGAGCAGCUCAAAUAGUGCACUCUGAAAGAAAUAACAGUAGGAAGUAGCCUAGCCUUGUUCUUUCUAGAUUGUAAUUUAUUCAUGCUUAAUUUUUCAACCAUUCCAAAGAGCUGAUGUUCAUACAUCAGCCUGUUUGUGAUGAAAAAAAGUUGAAUAUGUUUCACAUUCAGGAGUUAUUGCCAUUAUGGACUUUUGGUCUUCCUGCCAUGCAGCUGAAGGGAGAUACCUUACCCCCCAAGAAUUAAUUUUCUGUUUCAGAUAAAGUGCCUUGAUAGCCAUGGAGUUACCCUAAUUUAAAAUAAUAAUGUAAUGAGUAAGUAGCCAUGCCACAUGGGGCAGAUAAGGAUGCCCGUGCUGCUCCUGUCAGCUGCUUUUCACCUCAGACCAGAGAUUCAUAGGAGAGAUCAAAAAAUCAUGUAAUUUUUCUUUGAUUAAGAAAGGACUUGCAAUAUCUGGCUUUCUUGCUUAUUUGUAGAGCACCGUGCCAUUCUGGAAUGCCGUUCCAGGAAUGGAGGGCAAGGGCUGAUUCUUGUGCAAUCAUUGAUCUGGUCUUGGCAAGUGCCUGUUUGGCAGUAGAAAGUGCUGAAAUGCCCGGUUGCUAUCUCUGGGGCUGUAUUCAUGAUAGUAAUCAUGAGCUAAAGUUAGGUUAACUUUGGCGGGGGGGAAGUUACCUUGUGUGAUAAGAACCACUAGGCAAAGCUCUUCAGCAGUACCUAUUACUAUAUAGGGUAGCUAAGUCCACUCUGCGUUACUACCUCCAGCAGCACAUCAGUUUAAAACACCCACUUAAUAUGGCCAGAGCCUUCCAUUUGUCAACUUGACAUAGGACAGAGAUGACACUUGAGGUUUUAUUAAAUUGACCCCCACAAGUAAUGACUGCUCGUUGCUAUUUCUGCGAAGUUUAAUGCCUAUACUGUGCCUUGUGCUGGUCUUCUGAAUAUUAUUCCAGCUGUAAAAGCAGAUGGUAAAUGUGUAGAUUCUCUUCAAUGACUGUCAAAUGUAUAAUUAAAA